AUGGUUGAAGGUUAUGUCCGUUUGGUUGGUACUCGCGACCCUCUGGUGGGUCGGUAUCGUGAACCUCUACCGGAACCUGAUGCAAGGAGUGUGAGUGUGUCGUUGCCCUUCGCUCUACUUGGAGCAACUGGUUCUGCGGGUGUACUACCCGUCCCUUCGACUAUCUGCCCUAGUGAAGCACAGGGUGUAUGUACCCGUAAUGCUUCUACCCAGACUACUGGUAUGAUUGAUGAGUCUGUUCAGACGGUACCAUCCACAUCUAGCACAAGUUCUUCGGAGACUGUCCCCAAGAGCCUCGCCCGUUGUGCCAGAACUUGUGAAAGUCCGCCUGAUGUUGUGAUUGGUAAUGGAGCUAGUUCUCUAUACUCCCUUUGUCGGUACUCUGAUGAUGUCUAUUCUCACCUUGGUUUUGGUGAUGGUGAUGGUGACGAAAGUCCUUCCCUGGCUCAGCGUAGGGUUUUCGCUGAUGCUGGGGCUCCUAUCUGUCUACUACAACCCCCUGAUCCGUAUGAGUUUUAUGAUGACCCUAAGAAGGGCGGACAUACUGGUUUCGAACAAUGGCCUGCAGAAGAUCAAGAGAUCUACGACGAGUUCGAGAAUGAUGACAUAGGUGGUAAUUUGGACGAUUAUGCGGUCCCACUACUACCCGGCCCUGAGGAACCUGACGUUGUAUUGCCCAAGUUACCGGUAUCUGACCGUCCCGAACUUUGCCCUAUUCAAGAUCUUUGUAACGAGUUCUCGGAGUUGUUCAACAACAAGAUCGGGUUUUGUCCGUUGGUCACUCAUGAUAUAAAGACCUUCGAUGAGCAGCCGAUGGCUCAGCGUCCGAGACGUGUACCUCAUAAGUGGCAAGCUGAUAUACGAGGCCAGAUUGAUGAUAUGCUGAGAGAAGGGAUUAUUCGGCCAAGUAUGAGUCCGUGGCGUUCACCUUGUGUCUACGUUAAGAAGAAGACUGGUGGUGUCCGUAUCUGCGUGGACUAUCGUGAACUAAAUCGUCGGUCCCACAUGUCCGCUUACCCCCUUCCUCGACCUGACUUUGUGCAGGAUGACUUGAAGGGUGCCCGUUUCUUUACAUCUCUGGACCUGAAGUCUGGUUACUGGCAAGUACCCGUCUCUGCCGCUGAUAUCCCGAAGACCGCUUUCUGUCCGGGGAAUGGUUUUCCCCUCUAUGAGUUUUUGCGUAUGCCGUUUGGUCUACACGAUGCUCCUGCUAGUUUCCAGAAACUCAUGGAGGACAUCCUGGGCGACCUACCAUUCGUCAAGAUCUAUCUUGAUGAUAUUUUGAUUUUCUCUCCGGACAUGGAGACUCAUGUUCGGCACCUUCGUGUGGUCUUCGAGAGGUUGUCCGUUGCUAAGGUAACUUUGGGUGCUACUAAAUGUGACUUUGCCAUGGAGGAGAUAUCCUACUUGGGCCAUAUUUAUGACAAGUUUGGUAUGCGUCCCGAUCCUGACCGUGUCCGUUGUAUAAUGGAAUGGCCACUACCUGAGACAGUUCGUGAU